UGGUUACCACCACCGAUUGCAUACCUUCUUCGCACUCUUCAGUCUAAGCUUCGCUCUUCAAUAAAGUUGAUAACUUUCUUAUUGCAAGAGAAAGAAAAUUUUGAAAACCUCUUUGAAUGGCAAGCUCUCUUUCUUUCACACCUGUUUGUUCCUUCAAAUCCACAAACAAACCAAGGGUAUUGAUAGAUAAUUCAAUUGGUGGGAAGGUUCUUCGAGCGAAUGAAGUAUUUCAGAACUCAAAAGCUGCAAACUUUCAGUCUUGGGAGGUCAAGGCGACAGAUGGUAAUCAAACUACCAAAACAAAUAGCCUAGUCUGUUCUAAAUGUGAGGGAAAUGGUGCUAUAUCAUGUUCUCAAUGCAAAGGUACUGGAGUUAAUUCUGUAGACCACUUCAAUGGACAGUUUAAAGCUGGUGGACUAUGUUGGCUUUGCAGGGGUAAAAGGGACAUUUUGUGUGGAGAAUGCAAUGGUGCUGGGUUUUUGGGUGGCUUCAUGAGCACACAUGACUCCUAGAACGUUGCAACUUGCAAAGAUAUGCUGCUCAGUUUGUUGUUAUAGUGAAAUGUUGUACUUGGUAACCAAGUGGAGAACUUAUUGCUUUGUUUAGACUUUUUUGUAAUAUUGGUUUUAGCACUGUUGGAAAAACAAGCCAAAAUUUUAUUGGGUCAGAUAUUUUGCCUGCA